AUGGCCCAAAUUCCGGUUGCACUUGCACGCAACCUGGAGACUGUACUUGUCGGCCGGUUCUUUGUUGGAUCUUUCGGCUGCGCUGCCCUGUCAAUUAUUGACGGUGCUAUGGCGGACAUCUGGGGACCGAUAGAUAGUGGAGAGAUGAUUGCUCUCUUCUCAGAAGUAAGUUUUGCUGGUCCCACAUUUGGUCCCAUUCUUGCAGGCUUUAUUGUGGACUCAAGCUUAGGACGGAGAAAGGAAACAAACUUAAUGCACCAAACCACACUCCAGGGGCUAUGCAUGUGA